AUGCUGCUUGCGCUCGUAGGCCUGGUGUGCUCCGGCAAGUCGUCGGUGGCCGAGUACCUCGUAGAGCGGCAUGGGUUCACGCAGGUGACGCUUGGCUCUCGUGCGCCCCAGGGUGCGGGCCUUCAUUUCACGUCCGCCGACGUGAUGCUGCAGCACGUCACCGCACACUGGCAGACCAACUAUGUGACACUCGAUUUGGAUACCUCGGAGCUGAUCAGCAUGUUUGAGAAGCGCCCCUUUUUCCUGCUGGUGGGCAUCGAUGCACCGAUCAUGCAGCGGUGGGCGCGUGCCAAGGCGCGUGCGCUCGGCCCGGUGGACCUCGAAGCUUUUGUCGCGAACGACGACCGGAUUCUGUACGGAACGGGCGAGGGCCAAGAUACCACAUCGUCAGAAGACGACGAUCCCGACACCUCGCUCGCCUCGGACGUGUCGAACCUCUCGCUGCUGCAGCAGAAUGGCGUGCUGGUCUCGGCGUCGGUCCCGUCGAGCUCGUCUGCGCUCGCCGCGCUCCUCUCGCGCAGCCAGCUGCGGAUCACGAACACGUUUACCCAUAUUACGCAGCUGUACGAGCACCUCGACUCGCUCGCGCUCCCGUCGAUGCACAGGCUGCGCCCGACGUGGGACACCUACUUUGUGUCGCUGUGCUCGCUUGCCUCGCUGCGCUCCAACUGCAUGAAGCGCCGUGUGGGUGCGGUGAUCGUGCGCAAAAACCGCGUGCUCUCGACCGGCUACAAUGGCACGCCGCGUGGGCUGACCAACUGCAACGAAGGCGGCUGCGCGCGUUGCAACGAGAGCGCGCCGUGUGGCAGCAACCUGGACGAGUGCCUGUGCCUGCACGCCGAGGAAAACGCGUUGCUGGAACUGGGCCGCGACCGGGGCGGUGCCGAGGGAACGAUUAUUUACUGCAACACCUGUCCGUGCCUGCGGUGUGCCGUCAAGAUUGUACAGACGGGUGUGAUGGAGGUCGUGUACCAGCUCGAGUACAGCAUGGACGGACGCAGCGCGCAGAUCUUUGCCGAGGCGGGCGUCAAGUUCCGCAAGUACAAUCCGCCGUUUUAG